CAGGAGGAGGAGAGCAGCAGCCAGCAGCCCCGGGAGCAGCAUGCAGCCGCCCGCCGGCAUCCUCAACCUCCUGCUGCUGGCUCUCCUGGCCGGGCUGGAGCCUUCCAAGACUCAGAUCAGCCCCAAAGAAGGGUGGCAAGUCUAUAGUUCAGCUCAAGACCCAGAUGGACGGUGUAUUUGCACAGUGGUUGCCCCAGAACAAAACCUCUGCUCCAGAGAUGCCAAAAGCAGGCAGCUUAGACAACUGCUGGAGAAGGUACAGAACAUGUCCCAGUCCAUUGAAGUUUUAAACCUACGAACUCAAAGGGAUUUCCAAUAUGUUUUGAAAAUGGAAACACAAAUGAAAGGACUGAAGGCCAAGUUUCGGCAAAUUGAAGAUGACCGGAAGACUUUAAUGACGAAGCAUUUUCAAGAAUUGAAAGAAAAGAUGGAUGAGCUCCUGCCACUAAUACCAGUUCUGGAACAGUACAAAACUGAUGCCAAGCUAAUCACCCAGUUCAAGGAGGAAAUUAGAAAUCUGUCUUCGGUCCUCACUGGGAUCCAAGAGGAAAUUGGUGCCUACGAUUAUGAGGAACUACAUCAGCGAGUGCUCAGUUUAGAAACCAGGCUUCGAGACUGCAUGAAGAAACUUACAUGUGGCAAAUUAAUGAAAAUCACUGGCCCUAUUACAGUCAAGACAUCGGGAACUCGUUUUGGAGCCUGGAUGACAGAUCCAUUAGCAUCAGAGAAGAACAAUCGAGUCUGGUACAUGGACAGUUACACCAACAACAAAAUAGUCCGCGAGUAUAAAUCAAUAGCAGACUUUGUCAGUGGAGCUGAAUCAAGGACAUAUAAUCUUCCUUUCAAAUGGGCAGGAACCAACCACGUGGUCUACAAUGGGUCACUCUACUUUAAUAAAUACCAGAGCAACAUUAUCAUCAAGUACAGCUUUGAUACUGGACGGGUGCUUGCUCAACGUACCCUGGAGUAUGCAGGCUUUCAUAAUGUGUACCCAUACACCUGGGGUGGCUUCUCAGAUAUUGACCUGAUGGCAGAUGAAAUUGGCCUGUGGGCUGUAUAUGCGACCAACCAGAAUGCAGGCAACAUUGUCAUCAGUCAGCUGAAUCCAGACACAUUAGAAGCCACAAAAAGCUGGAACACUGGCUACCCAAAGAGAAGUGCUGGGGAAUCCUUCAUGAUAUGCGGUACAUUGUAUGUCACCAACUCUCACUUAACCGGAGCCAAGGUCUACUACUCAUAUUCCACAAAAACCUCCACCUAUGAAUACACAGACAUACCUUUCCAUAAUCAGUACUUUCAUAUAUCCAUGCUUGACUACAAUGCCAGAGAUCGGGCCCUGUAUGCCUGGAACAACGGACACCAGGUUCUGUUUAACGUCACACUUUUCCACAUUAUUAAGACAGAAGAUGACACAUAAACUCAACACUGGUUUGGCCACUCCUCAAACAGUGUCAUUUGUGCUGAACUCGAAAGCAUUCUACUGGGUUUCUUUUCAGUUCUUUUUUUUUCAGUAAGGGUUUAAAAAAAGUUUUUUAUACAAUAUAAUGUAUUCUAAAGAUGGCAGAGCCUUUCUGUAUAAAAUGGCCUGUUGGAAUUACAGGUAUCUUUCUUAACUCAACACGAGGCCUGCCGUGACUUUACCAUGGAAAGCACUAAAGAUGAUUUAAGAGGCUAAAGACAUUGUUUAAAAAAAAAGAUUAAUGAUCUGCCUUAUAAUAGAGUCAGAGACUAAUGGUGGCUUAACUGCAUGAAUGUCUUUUUCUACCAUACAUCAUUUUUUAAAAAUAGUUUUAAAAAAACCUGUCGAAUUGUUCAACAUCAAAACAUAUUUGGACAGUAAUCUGAAACAGAAUGCACAUCAGUAUUAUUUGCUUAAAAAUAUCAUCCAAAGUCAAAUAUUAGAUUUCUUUAGGGGUGAACACAGUAAAAUCCCUUUGGCUAUUACACUGUUUCAGAUGCGGUGCUGUACAGUCUGUUUUUAAACCUCUUGCAAGCAAUUUCUCAAUGCUAUGUAUUUAUACCAUUGUGUCCACCAUUGUGCAAUUGUAUCUCUUCACUUCUGUGAAAUUCAACUAUUUUUUAUAAAAUAUAUUGAAAUUUAA